CUGUGGUUGGCCGGUCACAUGAAAUUUCGUCUUUGAAGAGCAGAAAAAUUAUUUUACCAUAAUGACACAUUUAAUAUUUGUAGUUUAUCUGAUACGUGUGUGCGUAGGAAUAACAGCUCAGGCAGCUGAACUGCACUCAUCUCUUCAUCAAGAUACUGAUUUUGUUUCUGCUGAUGUCGGUGACGAAGUAACUCUGCACUGUUCCUACGAAGGUGAAGCUGCAAGACUUUACUGGUACAAACAAACUCUGGGACAAAAACCAAGGCUCAUCUCUACCUACUACAGAUAUGAGGGAAAUGGCAUAUUUUAUAAUGAAUUCAAAAGUAAUCCACGCUUUACGUUAGUUACUGGCAUCAGUAAAAAUCACUUGAAAAUAACAGACCUGCGUGUCUCAGAUUCAGCUAUUUACUACUGCGCAACAAGUUUUACUUUUAUUUUAGAGUUUACCAAAGAAACAUAUCUCAAUGUAAAAGGUUCCAGUUUGGACAUCCAGACUUUUGUCCUACAAUCAGUAUCUGAGACCAUCCAGCCAGGAGGCUCUGUGACUCUGAACUGUACAGUCCACACUGGAACCUGUGAUGAAGACCACAAGGUCUACUGGUUCAAAGACUCUGAAGAAUCUCAUCCAGGGCUCAUUUACACCCAUGGAGGCAGGAAUGAUCAGUGCAAGAAGAAAUCACAGACACAAGCACACACCUGUGUGUACAGCCUGCCAAUGAAGAACUUGAAUGUCUCUCAUGUUGGGUCCUACUACUGCGCUGUUGCUUUAUGUGGAUGCUUACUGUUUGGUAAUGGGACCAAGCUGAAUGUUGAGGAUGAAGGGGACACCCUUCUCUUGUUGUAUUUCUGGAGGGGGGUUUCAGCUUUCACCAGCAUCCUGAGUGUUUUACUGGCUUCCUUAAUGUGCAUGAUGAGCAAGAAAAACAGCUGCACAUACACAGAUUAUCCAACCAAAAACUCCCCCUUUUUCAAAGCAAAUGGUGACCAAGAAGGAGGCUACCUGUAUUUCAAACCUUUGAGGGACAUGAAGAUGAACAGAUCAGAAAUGCAGAUGGACAACACCUGGAGUAAAUGUGUCUAUUCUGGUGUAAAGCAGUAAAGUGGACAGGCUGUUGGUCUCAGUGUAUAAACACAGGACCUUGUGAGGUUCUCUUUGAAGCAUGACUUCCUUUAUAAAAGACAUGUUACUAUUUCAUUCAUUUCCUCACAACACAAAUUAACAUGAACAACAAUUACAUUUGUGUUUCAGACUAUUAAAAGUGUCUGUUACGUGCAAAAGAAUUAUGUGUAUUUGUAUUUUAAUAUCAUGAUAAUGAUGGUCACUUUUUUUUGCAUGGUGAGUUUUAGUCCCUCCCCCCU